GGCUGUCCACACCCUCCCCAAACCUUAGCGCUAGCCACACUGAGCUGUGGUGACAGGGCCUGAAGACCGGGUAGUUUCCCAAAUCUUAGAGUCAAAGAAGAUCAUACAAGGCUGGGAAGGAUCUUUGCAACUCUCCAGUGUAAACACCUCGGUGGUCAGAGGAAGCAACUGAGGCCCAGAGAGCUGGAUCCAGGCCUGGAACCCAGGGCACCGUGGCACCUCCUGCCCUGAGCUGCAGGAGACGGAGGGGGCCACUUCUUCCUCCAGGCAGAACGUAGCUGCAUCCAGCCCACAAAGCUGGGGUUCCCCCCUCUGUGUGGAAGAGAUGGAACAUGGACUUCACAGGACCAUGAGCUUGGACCCCCCCAGGAGAUGCCUUCUGAUGCUACUGAUGGCUUUGAACCUGACCCAGGGUGACCCUGUGAAGCCCUCUCGGGGAUCACUGUUGACCUGCACGUGUAAGGGCCCACAAUGCAGGGCGCCUACCUGCCAGGGGACCUGGUGCACUGUAGUGCUGGUGCGGGAGGAGGGCGGGCACCUCCAGGAACAUCGAGGCUGUGGGAACUUGCACCCAGAACUCUGCUGGACACGCCCCAAUGAUGUCCUCAACCACUACUGCUGCUACAGCUCCCUCUGCAACCACAACGUGUCCCUGGAGCUGGAGGCCUACCCAACCCCGGAGCAGCCGCAAGAAGACAGCCAGCUGCCUCUGAUCCUGGGCCCUGUGCUGGCCUUGCUGGUCCUGGUGGUCCUGGGUGCCCUGGGCCUGUGGCAUGUCCGGCGGAGGCAGGAGAAACAUCAGGGCCUGCACAACGAGCUGGGCGAAUCCAGACUCAUCCUGAAGGCAUCCGAGCAGGGGGACAGCAUGUUGGGGGACUUCCUGGACAGUGACUGCACAACGGGCAGUGGCUCAGGGCUCCCCUUCCUGGUGCAGAGGACGGUGGCACGGCAGGUCGCCCUGGUGGAGUGUGUGGGAAAGGGCCGCUAUGGCGAGGUGUGGCGAGGCCUGUGGCACGGUGAGAGUGUGGCGGUCAAGAUAUUCUCCUCGAGGGACGAACAGUCCUGGUUCCGGGAGACUGAGAUCUACAACACAGUGUUGCUCAGACACGACAACAUCCUAGGCUUUAUAGCCUCGGACAUGACUUCCCGCAACUCGAGCACGCAGCUGUGGCUCAUCACGCACUACCACGAGCAUGGUUCGCUCUACGACUUUCUGCAGAGGCAGACGCUGGAGCCGCGCCUGGCCCUGAGGCUGGCGGUGUCCGCGGCCUGCGGCCUGGCGCACCUGCACGUGGAGAUCUUCGGCACUCAGGGCAAACCGGCCAUUGCCCACCGCGACCUCAAGAGCCGCAACGUGCUAGUCAAGAGCAACCUGCAGUGCUGCAUCGCAGACCUGGGCCUGGCCGUGAUGCACUCGCAGGGUAGCGAUUAUCUGGACAUCGGCAACAACCCGCGAGUGGGCACCAAGCGGUACAUGGCCCCCGAGGUGCUGGACGAGCAGAUCCGCACCGACUGCUUCGAGUCCUACAAGUGGACGGACAUCUGGGCCUUUGGCCUGGUGCUGUGGGAGAUCACCCGCCGGACCAUCAUCAAUGGCAUUGUGGAGGACUAUAAGCCACCCUUCUAUGACGUGGUGCCCAAUGAUCCCAGCUUUGAGGACAUGAAGAAGGUAGUGUGUGUUGACCAGCAGACCCCCACCAUCCACAACAGGCUGGCUGCAGAUCCGGUCCUCUCAGGGGUGGCUCAGAUGAUUCGGGAGUGCUGGUAUCCCAACCCCUCCGCCCGCCUCACUGCUCUGCGGAUCAAGAAGACACUACAGAAACUCAGCAAUAGCUUCGAGAAGCCCAAAGUGAUCGACUAGCCACAGGCUGACACUUGACUCCCCUCAGCCUGCAGUGUGUGGGGGUGGGCGGUAAAUGGUGGUCUGUCUGGGUGGAGGCAGUGUGUGUGUGCUGGAGAGGGGGUGCCCCUCUAGGGGCAGCUGUGCCUGCCCAGCUCUGCCCCCAACCCAUCCAGCCAAAAAUACAGCUGGGCUGAAACCCGAUCUCCCCACUGUCUGGCCUGCUCGGAGCAGCAGGCUCCCUGACGCCUGGCUCUGUCCCCACCUCCAUGCCCUGGGCGCACUCCCUACCACCCAGGACAGAGUGCAAAGGAGGCCCCAGUGCCAGGAUGGCCAAGCCAGGGAAUCCCAGUCUCUUGGGCCCAGAGCCUGGUCCUGCACUUUACUCCCUGCCCUCGGUCAACCCCACUGCCCUACCGGAGCUGCCACGGGGCACAGGGUCCUGCCCAGCCUUCCGUAGACACCCUGUCCUGCCAGGCCCUCGCCUCUGGCCAAGCCCAGACACCCAGGACCCAUGAGUUUGUAUCUCAGCUCCAUGAUACCAUGGGCCUCUGUCUCCUGGACAAGACCCCUGCUAGCUGCCUAUCAGCUGCUUACCAGCUGCCUGAGAGAGCUGUGGCCCAUCCUGGGCCCCUCCCCUACCCCAUCCUAGCUGACCUAUUGGGGCAUUAAAACCAAGGAGCCCUGCUGUGGGUGUGGCAGUGUCAUACCCACAUUGGAGAAGUGGCAGGUCAGGUGGGUAAGGCCCAGGACUUUCAGAAUGACUGAGAGGACACAGAGGCCAAGCAUGGCUGGAGAAGGGCCCAGCUGGGAGCCGGAGACCCAGGCUCUGGUCCUGGAUGCUUGCUGAAUGACAAGAAUGAGCCUUCACUGUCCCAGCACCUGGUUCUUCAUCUAAGCCAGCCUUAGCCCCCUCUGUGGCUUUGCCUUCUCUACCCAGAGCUGAGAGGGGUGAGGCUGGCUUCCGGCAGGGCUUCCAAGGCUCAGGAGAAAUCUGACUUCAGCCAAUAAGCCUCUAGCACCCAGGCUCCUGCUCCCACUGCCCCUUGGCCCAGACCCACACCCUGGGCCACACCCCAGAAAGUGUGUGCCUAGAAAGAACCUGAUGGUUGUAGAGAAACACAGGGAAACUUUGGCGUUUGGAAAUCAAGGGUGUGUGUCCCUGCACUGAGGAGGUUACCCUAGGCAGGUGGAUGGGCUGGGGGGGUGGGGGGGGACACUCUAGGGACAAGGACAGCCCCAAAUUUGGGAAGACCUGAGCUCACAGCCCCCAGCCCUUGGGAAACAGCCUCCUGAUGUAAAUGACCCAGCACAACCUCCCAGGCCAGCCCCUUCCACCAUCACCCAGGGCACUUUCCCAGGCCUGCUCCCAGCAUUGUGCAAGCUCCUGGGGGAGAACGAGGAAGUGAAACUGGGUGAAAACAGAAAGCUAGAUGGACCUGCUGGGUUCCCAGAUCAUCACGGGGCAGCUUGCUUCGUGUCUCCUCGUCGCUGGAACCCACCCCGCCCGGGAAUCAGUCCUGCCCUGAAGGUUCUCUCUCAUGAAUUUAGGGGCCCAAAGGCGCCUUCGGAGACUCCGCAGCCGGAAACCGAAGGCAGCAGCUCCUCAAAGCCUAGAAAAUCCCUAAGAGGAGAAGGUCUGAGACAGGAGGUGGAGUGACAGGGGGAGGGUUGAGAAAAGGGGGCCAGGCAGGGAAGUGGGCACUGGUGAGCUGUCUGCAUAAUGCUUCUGCCUGAGGGCAGGAAGGUGGGCCAGGUCAAAAUUAGUCUCUUACCUGGAGACACUGUUUGUGAGAGCACUUAGCUGGUGCUUAGCACAUAGUAGGUCCUCAAUAAAACCGUGGUUGAAUCCUGA